AUGGUUGCCCUUGUGACAUCAUUCCGCCUCCUUGCCAUGGUAUCCAUGGCAUCAAUAUUUGCGAGUCCGUGGGCCUACUCGGCAGCAUUGCCUGUAGCGCGCAGCACUGCACAGGAUCCGAGUACAGAUCCAUUUUAUCAGCCACCUGCAGGUUUUGAGAACACGGCACCUGGGACAAUCUUGCGUGAACGCAGUAUUAUCGCCUCAUUUUUCGGGCUAAUUCCAGACCCUGUGGAAGCGCAUCAACUGCUGUAUAGGACAACGGCCAUUAAUGGCUCCGCGAUCGCCACUGUAACCACGAUCUUCAAGCCACUCUUCCCCAAAACAGAUCGCUUUAUUUCGUUUCACACGGCCUACGAUAGCUCGGCAACGAUUUGCAAUCCCAGUUACAACUACCAGCUUGGCGCUGUGCAGACUGAUCUCAUAUCAAGUGUUGAAAUGUUUAUCAUGGAAGCCUAUCUGCUCUUAGGCUACAUUGUCGCGUCUCCGGAUUACGAAGGGCCGGAUGCAGCUUUCUCUCCCGGUCAUCUAGAGGGAAUGGGUGUCCUCGAUGGCAUGCGCGCCGUGACCAACUUUAAAGAAACACUGGGCCUUAGCGCCAAUCCUAUGAUUAUUGGAACUGGUUAUUCAGGCGGUGCCAUUGCCACAGGCUGGGCAGCUUCCCUGCAGCCCUCGUAUGCGCCCGACCUCGAUAUCAAGGGAUGGGUUCACGGUGGCACUCCAGCGAAUCUUACGGCCACCAUGCUUUACAUCGACGAUACGGCCUUCAGUGGCUUUCUACCCGCUGCUGUUGCCGGACUCGCCAAACCUAGUGCAUAUGGCGCUGAACUCAGCUCCCUUAUCAAUAGCGUCCUGACUCCCUUGGGCAAGUCCAAGUACGAGUUCGCCCAAUCAAACUGCGCUGUCCCCGAUUUGUUGAACUUUGCUGAGAUGUCGCUGCUAUCGACCUCUAUCCAGACUUUGGGGGCUGGUCUCAUCCAACAACCCACAGUUGCCUCGGUCCUGACCCAAAAUAUCAUGGGUUUAAAUAAGAGCCAAACGCCAACGGCGCCGGUGUUCAUUUAUCAUGCCACUCAAGAUGAGAUCAUUCCCUACGCCGAUGCUUCAACUCUAGUGGACUCAUGGUGUAGCUACGGUGCUAGUGUUAAUUUCACUACAUAUGGCAAUGGUGGUCAUGCUACGACUGAAAUCAUUGCCCUACCGGAUGCCGUUAAGUUUGUGGAGGCAGCUUUCGCAGGGGAAGCAACCAGCGGCUGUCAUCGUAACACCGAGCUUGACAAUACACUGAACCCGAUUGCUCUCGGUGUGGAACUGGAACCUAUUCUCGUCGAGCUUAUCAAUGCACUUGCAAUCGCUGGAAAAAAUGACGAAAAUAUCAUCCAGAACCUGAACGUUCUCAAGAAUGGUAUUUGA